AUGUGGAACAACUACCCCGCACUCGCUUUCUUUCGGCAUCUACUAUCUCUUCACGAUCUGGAGCAGGUCGUUGUGGAUUAUUCCUGCACGCCACCCUCCACGUCAGACAAGGACAUCCUCGACUUCGCCGCGUCGUGGCCCAAGCUGAGGAAGUUUUCGCUGCACCACGACAGCAUUGGUCGUCCGCCCACCUUGCAAACCGUCGUCACGUUCGUCCGCCUCUGCCCGGGCUUGACGGAGCUCAUUCUAGCCGAGGUCGACGCCAGCUUCUUGCCCACCCCGUGUACGUCGUCCCCGUCGUCUCGCGCUCGCUGCAACUGUUGGAUAUAUGCGACUUUGUUCGACUGA